UAUAGUUGUGGAGAGAUUCAGCCCAGGCGGGAUUCCACAGUAGGGCCCUAUGUCUUCUCUGAACACGCCCCGGAUAUAUGAGCCAGAUAUAUAGAUCAUGCGGGUAGCAAAUGAACUGUGAGAAGGAGAUAAUCACACUACAAUACUUUCUCAUCCUUAGUUUUACCUGUGACACCCUCGCAAUGACAAGCCGGCGCAGCAAAGGGGGCACUUAAGGGGAAUUUACGGAAAUCAUUACAGCUAGGAAACUAUAUCAAAUAAUUGAGAGUAACUAUUGGGGAUAUUCGUUGGUAUCGACUUGGAGUAACUUUGGAUACUUGGACAGUGACUAUCGGAGAAUAUCUAUCUAUUCAUCAUUUUCGCUUACACAUUGCAUGAAACUGAGAGUGGAAGCACCAUGAGUCGGAAAACUAGACGCUGGAUUUUUCGGGUUUUGCUUUGCCUUGGGAUUGUCUAUUUGAAAAUCGGUGGUUUUUCAUCCGUGGUCGCGCUAGGUGCGAGUAUAAUCUGUAACAAGAUUCCCGGGUUGGCUCCCCGACAGCGGAUAAUCUGCCAGAGUCGCCCCGAUGCCAUUAUUGUCAUCGGAGAGGGAGCCCAAAUGGGGAUCAACGAGUGUCAGUUUCAAUUCAAAAAUGGGCGCUGGAACUGCUCUGCGCUUGGAGAGAGAACGGUCUUCGGAAAAGAGUUGAAAGUGGGCAGUAAAGAGGCUGCGUUCACCUAUGCCAUCAUUGCGGCCGGAGUUGCCCACGCCAUCACUGCAGCCUGUACGCAGGGAAACCUGAGUGACUGCAGCUGUGAUACGGAGAAGCAGGGUUUCUACAGUAAAGGCCAGGGCUGGAAGUGGGGAGGCUGUUCAGCAGACAUCAGCUACGGCCUGGGCUUCUCGAAGGUGUUCGUUGAUGCCAGGGAGGUCAAACAGAACGCCAGGUCUCUCAUGAACCUGCAUAACAACGAGGUGGGACGCAAGAUCCUGGAGAAGAACAUGCAUCUGGAAUGCAAGUGUCAUGGUGUUUCGGGCUCCUGCACCACUAAAACCUGCUGGACUAAACUUCCCAAGUUUCGCGAGCUCGGCUACAUUCUCAAAGAGAAGUAUGCCCAUGCUGUGCACGUGGAACCGGUCAAAGCCAGCCGCAACAAGCGGCCCAAAUUCCUCAAGAUCAAGAAGCCCUACUCCUACCGGAAGCCCAUGGACACAGACCUUGUGUUCAUUGAGAAGUCCCCUAACUACUGCGAGGCGGACCCGGUGACAGGCAGUAUGGGGACGCAGGGCCGGAUGUGUAAUAAGACUGUUACGCAGCAGAUCAGCGGCUGUGACCUGAUGUGCUGUGGACGAGGGUACAACACACACCAGUACUCCCGCGUGUGGCAGUGCAACUGCAAGUUCCUGUGGUGCUGCUACGUCAAAUGCAACACCUGCAGCGAGAGGACAGAGGUGUACACCUGCAAAUGACAGUAUUUAUUGGACCGUUGUGUGUGUGUGUGUGUGUGUGUGUGUGUGUGUGUGUGUGUGUGUGUAUGUGUGUGUGUGUGUGUGUGUGUGUGUGUGUGUGUGUGUGUGUGUGUGUAUAUGUGUGUAUAUGUGUGUGUGUAUAUGUGUGUGUGUGUGUGUGUGUGUGUGUGUGUGUGUGUGUGUGUGUGUGUGUGUGUGUGUGUGUGUGUGUGUGUGUGUGUGUGUGUGUGUGUGCAUAAUGGAAACUUUUUUAGGUAAUGGAUCAUUGCUGUUUUUGCAGCAGUACUGCAGCAGCAGUAGACAUAAGCAGAAGAUGGAACAACAGCGAAUUUGUCUGCACACAAUGCUCCUUCUUCCCUCUCAUUGGACAUAUACUGAGAUGCCUGCAACAGAUCACCAUAAAGGGAAACACACUGUGUCCUGGAUGGCAGGAUGGGACAGCCUCAGGACAUGAACUAUAACACACUGCGAUAUCUGCCAGCCAGCCAGCCUAUGUUUUUGGACUAGGUGUCAAUGCUGAGACUGUUAAAAAGCUAUGGAUGGAUGUGUACUAUCUGUUGACUGUAGAGUGAAUGGAUUCCCCCAACGCUCACCAUAAAUCAAUGCUGGAUAUAAUGCUGGACUGUGCUACUACUGUAGUUCUCUGUACCUGUACACUCUUAGAAAAGGGGUUUUGAAAGGGCUCUUCAGCUGUCCCCAUAGUAUAACCCUUCCAGGUAGAACCCUUCUGGGUUCCAUAUAGAACCCUCUGUGGAAAGGAUUUUACAUGGAACCCAUAAGGGUUCUACCUGGAACCAAAAAUGAUUAUUCAAAGGGUUCUCCUAUGGGGACAGCCAAAGAACCCUUUUCGGUUGUAGAUAGCAAUUUUUUUUCUAAGAGUGUAGCUCAAUAAGACAUGCUAUGCACAAAUGAAAUUAAACAGCCAUCGGGAAUAUUUAACACACUGUAUUUAGAGACAAAUAAAUCAUAUUAAUUUAUUUCAUAAAGAAACUACUGAUUUUAUCCAUUAUGGAGCAAGUCUUAAUUGUGUAGAUGCUGGGUUCUUCCCCAAUGAGAGUUUUUGUUAUUGUUUUGUUUGUUAAUGCAAUCCAAAAUAGAACUUAGAGUCAUACACUGGAAUUAGGUCAACCUGGAAUAUUAUGUUGCUCAGAUUGUUCCAGGUUAGGCUGGUAAUAGGCUACUGACAUUGACUUUCUCAUGAGUUUGUGCUUAAUCUGAAAUCGUACCCCAUUCCCUUUGUAGUGGCUCUGGCCAAAAGUAGUGCACUAUAUGGGGAAUAGGGUGCCAUUUUGUACGUGGACUUAGUCUUCCUUCUGUUUGCUGCUAGUCUGGAGAAUCCCUCACUGUGGUCUAAGGGCAUCAACACUACUGUCUGUGUUGAAUGACAAUGCUCACCUCAAGCUGACUAAAUUUAACAAGACAUAUUCAACCAGACACUCUUUUUGGUAAAUAUUGGUAAAGAGAGUAUAUUUUGAAAAAGCCUAUUUUUAUAUAAAUGUCUUAUUUAUACUAUUUCUUCUGGCAUAAUUCAAUAUCACACUCUUCCCUCUUUAUCCCUCUGUAAAAUCCAUGUGGGAAAAUGUGCGAUCUUGUGUUUGCCACUGCUGUCACUUCAUUGUUGUACUGUAUACUGUAUGUUAUUUGGAACCAUGUGUUUGUCCCUGUGAAUAUAUGGCUGUGUUCAAACUGCUUUGUUUACUGCACUUCAUGACUGCUAUGGUUGGAAUACAGGAACGGGAUAAGACUAACAA